UGCUGGCCAGCCUUACUUCCAACAACCACAUCUCAUCUACCAUCGGCUCCCGGCAUUGACGCUCAGGACGACGGACACUGUAUUAUCACCCUAUUAUAAUUAACGACGACUAUCGGAUCGCCCCCGCGACGCGCCGUUAUAUCAUAAUAACCCUUCCCUGCGCUGCCACAUCUUCCCGAACGGUGCUGGCAGAGACGCACAACAAACCGAAUCGACAACAACAGUCGGACGACAAGAUCUAUACGAGCGACUAGACACUGCGCCCGAGUGGCUGCAUUUUUCUACUCAUAAUGGCGGCGAGGAAACUGGCCCAAGAGGUCGACAAGUGCUUCAAAAAGGUCUCAGAGGGUGUGGCCGAAUUCGAAGCUAUUUACGAAAAGAUCGAACAAUCGAGUAAUCCUGCCCAGAAGGACAAGCUAGAAGAUAACCUGAAACGCGAGAUCAAGAAGCUCCAGCGACUGAGGGAUCAAAUCAAAACAUGGGCCGCCAGCAACGACAUCAAGGACAAGGCUCCCUUGCUGGAGCAUCGCAAGCUGAUCGAGACGCAAAUGGAAAAGUUCAAGGCCGUGGAGAAGGCCAUGAAGACGAAAGCAUACUCCAAGGAAGGUCUAUCAGCUGCCGCCAAGCUCGAUCCCAAGGAGCAGGCAAAGGUUGAGGCCAGCGAAUUCUUAAGCGGCAUGGUCGACGAGCUGGAGCAGCAAAUCGAGACACUCGAGGCAGAGGGCGAAUCGAUACAAGCGACCAUGAAGAAGGGUAAAAACAACACCGCCAAGGCCGAACGCAUCGCCGAAAUCGAACGCAUUAUCGAACGACAUAAGUGGCACCAGGGGAAGCUGGAACUUAUCAGGAGAUCCUUGGAGAACGGCGGAGUUGAGCCCGAGCAAGUGACCGACCUGGAAGAGAGCAUUCGAUAUUAUGUGUCGGAUGGCAUGAAUGAAGACUUUAUGGAAGAUGAGGAGAUGUAUGAGGAGCUCGACCUUGAGGACGAGGAAGGCACCUACGGCAUGGGCGCGGAUAACGAGAAGAACUCUUCCCUGGAUGCGCAGUCUGUGCAAGAGGACCUUACGACCGACAAUGACUUGCCGAAGACACUGACGAGAAAGGCGCAGAAGGAGGCUGACCCAGUACGGAGGACAUCUUCUCAGACAAAGUCACCUUUACCUGCACUCGCGACACUCCAUGCUCCGUUACCGACUAUCAGCAAUAGCAAUUCGGGUACGCCGGCUAUGAAGCCAGCAUCAGUCCCUACAAGGCCCGCUGGAGAAGGACUCAAGUACGCAUCAGCAGCCGCUGCCGCUGCAGCGAGCGAUAAGAACAACGUUGGUAUCGCUCCGCUACCUCCGCCCCCUGGUGCCGCAUCAUCAAGCAUAUCCCCAUUGCCGCAAGCCCGAAGCAGCGCGACCAACUCUCCUGCGACAUCCUCUGCCCAGCCCGCUUCUCAACAACCAGAGUCAAAGCAGCCCACGCCAGCUCCUGCUCCUGCCGAGCCAGAACCUGUACCUGCGCCAGCCCCUGUGCCUGUCACCACGAAACAGUCCAAGCGAUCAAAGGCUGCUGGAAAACAAGCAGCAGUCCUCGAGGCCGCUCCAUCUUCAAAGGCUCCACGGACAAAUGGUACAGCCAAUGGUGUCAAGCAGACCGAGGAGGAGGAAGAAUGCAUCUACCACUUGCCAGCAUCGUUACAAGAUCUUGUUGACACAUAUGAGACGUCGAGAAAGCGGCCAUAUCCUCCAUCUGCGCCAUCAGCUCUGCGCAUGAUGACUGCCAGCCAGGCCAGCUGCCCCGAUAUUGUGGAUGCUGAUGUUCCACGAUCAUACCGACCCGACCAACCGGUACCCCCAACAGGGUCAGGAUUUCCCCGCGAGCCACUCGCUAUCUUCGAUGACCCGCGGUUAUACUCCCGUAUGGACCCUGACACUCUGUUCUACGUAUUCUACUAUAAGCAGGGUACUGCCCAACAGUACAUGGCAGCCAAGGCUCUGAAAGAUCAAAGUUGGCGAUUCCAUAAGCAGUAUCAGACUUGGUUUCAAAGACAUGAGGAGCCUAAGAACAUCACCGAAGACUUUGAGCAAGGCACAUAUCGAUUUUUCGACUAUGAGAGCACAUGGAUGAAUCGACGCAAGGCUGACUUCAAGUUUGUCUACAAGUUCCUUGAGGAUGAGGUCUAAUCAACAGUGCUUCUUCACUGGAGAUUGAAGUCCAUUGGCCGUGUAUGAGAAAUAUGGGACGGAGCUAUCGGUUUUGGUUGGACGCACCUUGGUUUUGUGAACUCCUGGAGAGGGCGAAUUAAGAGCACAGAGAGAGUAAGAAAGGACUUAGGCGGCAACCUCAUUUUGCUUUCAUCAUCGGCUUUUGAUGUGCUUUCUGGAACAGGUAAAUAUGCAACAUGCUACACGGGGCGUUAUCAACCUCAUUGUUUGAGAUAUGAAUACGAACCUUUUGAGUGCAGGGCAUUGUCGCCCUGAACGACUAUUCUGCUGAA